AUAAUAUGAUUUUCAAGCUGUUUCAUUAGUAAAAUAUAUCCUUAAUUUAGAUUCAUUAUGAUACAGUAAAUGCUUGGCUUUGUGUUUACAGAAAUACCCCCUACAGUGCAAGAUGCCAGACUUUUGUGCAGCACAUGGCUGCUCAAAUGAAUGUUCUGUCCAAACAAGAGCCUGUGGAAUCACCUUUCACUCGUAAGAAAUGACUUGAGGGACAUAUUUAGGAUAAUUGUUACUAACUUAGUUCAAAUUGUACUUGUACAAUACAAGUUAUUUUCACCCUGACGUUUUAGAAAUGUUUCUACCAUUUUCUACCAUAUAGCAGCCGAUAAUCAAAAUCUGGGGGGAAACGUUGGCUUAUUGAUUGGAUGUUGGUCCAAAAAAAGAAAUAAGUUAUGAAUAUGAAUCUGUCUUCUGCUAAUUUCAGGAUUUGUGGUGCGACGCACUCUGAAGAAGCUGUCCUGUGAUGUCUGCCGGUCCAGCCUUGUAACGGAUGCUGAAUCUGCCCGUACGUACCAGAGCUACCACCUGCUGACUCUGAAAAACAAUGGUGGUCUGGUCAUUACAUCUGAAGGCACAGUGAAAGUCAUCAGGGCUGCAGAGUGGGCUGUUCGCCAGGCAGCAGCAGAUUCUAGAAGAUCACAGCCCAUCAAAAUGUUGGAGGUCCUCUUCAUGGUGCGGAAGAGAAUAGGUUCAGAGGACGUGUUUUUGCUUGGGGAGCAUAUCAACGAUACACGCUAUGGCAUCGACAGUCACCACAACACACUGUUGACAUUAGUUGUGUCCCCGUUUUUCAAACAUUAA